AUGGACUCGUUCAGCUUCAAAAACCUCCAAGCAGAGAAAGCCAACGCCAUGCUCAAAUACCGCAAGCUUCGAAGGGUCGCGAGCUUGUUACGUAUAAUCGAAGUGUGCGCCGUGUUGGUGUUGGUUUCAAGGUUCUCCAUGCAGCUUCCCGUUGCAGUGAGAAACUCGAGCGAGUACCUGAGAGACUUGUCACUCUUCAUGAACAGUCCUCGCUUUGUUUUCCUCCUCGGAAACAUCAUAAUCAUCGCACUCUUCGCUCAGUUCUCCGCUCAGGGUAACAACGUCGUUGCGGAGCCUGAUCUUUACCAAGAGUUCGUUCAAAACACAACAAAAAACCACAACUUUGUUGCGGCAGAGAAACAGAGGAUGAAAACAGGGGAAGCCAAGAAAGGUUAUAGAAGGUGCGAGACGGAGAUUUUGAGGGCGAAACGAUGUCGUGUGUUGCGCAGGUGUGAGACUGAGAACAAAAUGAAGAGAAUUGAAGGUGCCCCUGUUGAAGAAGUGGCGCGAAUUUCGUGCCCUGAAGAUGGAAUGAGCAACGAGGAGUUUCGUCGCACUGUGGAGGCUUUCAUAGCCAGGGAACAGAAGAUUCGAAGAGAAGAAGAUUAUUAUUUAAUGUAA